AUGACUUUCACCCCAUCCUCAUCACCUUUUCACAAACUGUAUGGCCACCUCUCCGACCCUGUCCGGAUCUUCACCAUUUCCGGCGAGUUUUCUGGGCACAAAAUCCCAUUGAGUGAGGAUUUACUCGAUGCUCGAAUGGUCAUGGAGGCGAAGCUAGGUAAUUUGCCAAAGAAGGCCAGGGUGUUUAUGAUGCUCAAUUCAACGACCGUGAUGUUUCUCUUGGUUUUGGUAGUGGUGUCGUCGAGCUUGCCGAUAUCGACCAUCAGUAUCGAAUUUGUCCAUGGCAGCCACCGAGUUGAGGGGAACAUCACCAUCCUUGGCCACGAUAUGACUUCCAUUAAUAUCGGUACUCUUCCCACCAAUCCUCUUCCUGCUGUAACUCGAGUAUCAGAUAAUGGAUUAUUUAUCGUACGGGUUCCACGGAACACUGAUAGUUCUUGGUACGACAGCAUGACCCUCAUAUCCAUUUCGGGUGACCCGCACAUGCACCACCUUGCACCCCCUACUUCCAACAGUUUCACUUCAACUUCCAACCCUCCUAUCUUAGCCUCCAAGUCUUCUACUAGGUCCUCUGCAUUCCCAGUGAUCGCUAUUCCUCACCGUCGCACGCUUGGAUUUUCUCCGGCCGCACGUUAUAUCGGCGCUUUUGAUGGCCUCAGUGCUUUCACCUGGUUGACAGGUUCAGGUGAGCUCAUUGCGAGUUAUUGUGUGACGGAUUUCGAUUUUUGGAUCAUGAAUCCUGCUGCUCCCCUCACCCGCUCUUAUCGCAUCCCUGAUCCUCCAUUUUAUUCGUCUGCUGCUGGAAGAGCUCCACUGCUCGGAGCCAGUAAAACACCCGGCAAGCUGUCAAUGUUCUUCAAUGGAAAAUUUGAACUCGUUAUUCCUGAGAAGUACCACCCAACCAUCCUUUCUGGUACUGAAUGUCCAGGCCCUUGGUAUGGUGAUAAAGUGCCAUCUGAUCCUACCCAUCUGUACAGCCCUCGGUCCAGCAGAGAUGGGACUCGAUUCCUCCUCCAAGGCUGGCAGAUGGCUCCAAUUGUUGUUGAUCUUAGCCAAGUCAUUUAG